CUCUGAAGGUGAAACUGUUCCCCUCAUUGUUCAGAUUGUCUGCAGAGGGUUAAAAAGCUCAUUCAAGUUUCCUUUCUACAGUGAAGUUUUCUCUGUCUCUCAUCGAUCAAAGUAAAACAGAAAAUAUGGGGAAAAUCAACGGACGCCUGAAGGCUGUUUUUAUCUCCUUCAAUGUCAAAUUUGCAAGCAUGGCGUCCUCUUUGGUUUAUGGUUUAAAAAAGACCGAGAAUUUGAAGCUGCAGGGGGUACCAAUGUAUGCCCAGAGCAGGACCGGGGCUUGGGUGCUUGCCGCCAGCAUGUAUGGGAUCUCCGGUCUGGGAAGCCAGGCUGCACUCACCGAGAAUAAAGCCCGUCUCAAAGUUUUUGCAGGUUUCAUGGUGAUUGCAAUGGUCCUCAUGCUGAUCUGUGGAAUUGUUGCUGUCUUUUUUAAAAGCAAGCCCAAAGAAACCUUUGACAGAGUGGAAGUUACCCAGUGGGUUAUGGAAAAUCAAGUAGUGCUUGAGAUGCUGCAAGAAUAUCUCCAUUGCUGUGGAUGGACUGGUGUUGAGGACUGGAGUAGCGAGAUCCCUUCCUCUUGUAGCUGCGACGCUUCAAAUGGACAAGAAGACGAAUGUAAAUCCGCACCUUCGGGAUUGGAACCAUCAACUAUCUACUCCAAGUCCUGCCGUGACGUCGUUUGGUAUUAUGCUGAAUUAGGCUUCACGAUCACCUUGGGCAUUCUUUUUGGAUUCUUUUUCAUCGCUCUGAUGGGACUGAUCAUCGCCAUCAAGAUGAUAAAUCAGAUCAGUCUCCACGACAGCUUUGGAGGAACUCCUAUGGAAAUGAGGGCUUAUUGAGGUUAACCUUCAUGUCUAGAGAGGGUUAUGUGGAUUGAUGCAAAAACAUGAUUUGUCUUUUAAAGUUUGGCGUUUUUCUUUUUUUCUCUCUUUGUAUUCGUAAAACUGUCAUAAAAAUGCUUUCCAGAGUGUGCUCUUUGAAUUUUUCCACAUUUUCUCAUGUUGCAACCAUAAAUGCUCUGUGGGAGUGGUGGCCUAAUGGUCAGAGAGGAGAUGCUUGCAUCCUGGAGAGGCUGCAAGGUUCUGGGUUUGAAUCCCACAGGCUACCACUCUGGGUCCCUGAGCCCCAGAAUGCUCCCUGGCAGUCUGUUGCUCCCUGAGGGAUGGGUUAAAUAAAGCGGAUGAAUUUCAUUGGAUUGUAGUGUGGCAAUGACAAUAAAUUUGAUAAUUAUCAUUAAAUAUCUAUGUAUUUUAUUAUGAUUUAAUGCAGCUGAAUCCAGAUGGUGCCCAGCUCUUGCCCUGGAGCAUUUUAAGAAGCCAUUUUGUGAACCUUUUUGAUUAACUUUCACAUGAUGGCGAAGCAGAUUAUGUUUGAUUUUAUUUUAUUCUAUUAUAUUUUACAACAUGUCCUUCUGAUUUUUAACUGACUUGAAGUUUUCGUAAAUAUUUAAUUUUGAUAUACGUUUUUUUAUUAAGUAAAAUGGUCAAUGCCUACU